CACACCGGCUGUUUGGGGACCCUGAUGUAGACGUUCAGUCAAUUCGCACUGAAGGUAUAUUGGUAUUGUAGAGACUGCUAUUUUGAAGUGAUCGUUCACUUCACCAGCAGCCGGAAGUUCCCCUCGGUCGCUUUGAAUACGGGAGAGUGUUCGCUUCACGAAGCAAUCAGGGACACCCCUUACAGUCAAACCAUAUCUUGAUACAGUGAAGAAGCCGCGGACACCCCCUUCAUCGUCUGUGUUGAAUGCUGGGAUAGACUCCACUGCUCCAGGACCUCCCGCGACCCUGACCAGGAAUAAGCGGAUCACCAUGACUACAGAGCUUCCCACGAACAUUAAUAUCAAGGAGCCGCGAUGGGACCAGGACACCUUCAUGGGUCGCGCGAAACACUUCUUUACCGUCACCGACCCCCGGAACAUUCUCUUAUCCAACGAGCAACUGGAGAACGCCCGACAGAUUAUCCACGACUACAGACAGGGGGUGGUGUCCCCAGGCCUCACAGAAGACCAACUCUGGAGGGCGAAGUACGUCUACGACUCUGCCUUCCACCCGGAUACCGGGGAGAAGAUGCUCCUGAUUGGCCGAAUGUCCGCGCAGGUCCCUAUGAACAUGACCAUCACGGGAUGCAUGAUGACAUUCUAUAAAACAACUCCAGCGGUUGUGUUCUGGCAGUGGAUCAACCAGUCGUUUAACGCCAUAGUGAACUACACCAACCGGAGUGGAGACGCACCCAUCACUGUCAGUCAGCUCGGUACAGCCUACGUAUCCGCUACGACGGGCGCCGUGGCAACCGCUUUAGGGCUAAACACACUAACCAAGCAUGUCUCGCCUCUGAUUGGCCGAUUCGUCCCCUUCGCCGCCGUAGCAGCUGCUAACUGUAUCAACAUCCCACUGAUGAGGCAAAGAGAGUUGAAGCAUGGUAUCCCAAUAAUGGACGAGAAUGACAACAGGCUGGGGGAGUCAUCGAAAGCCGCCCAACAGGCCAUUUCCCAGGUUGUGGUGUCCCGAAUCCUCAUGGCCUCCCCAGGAAUGGCUAUCCCACCGUUUUUGAUGAACACUUUGGAAAAGAGAGCGUUUCUGAAGAGGUUUCCGUGGAUGAGUGCGCCCAUACAGGUGGGACUGGUGGGAAUCUGCCUGGUGUUUGCCACCCCUCUCUGCUGCGCCCUGUUUCCCCAGAAGAGCUCGAUGUCGGUGAGCCGCUUGGAGCCGGAGUUGCAGGAGAAGAUCCGGGCGAGUCACCCGGGGGUGGAGAGGGUGUAUUUCAAUAAAGGACUGUGAGACCCCCCCCCCGCCAUGUCAGACCAGCGUGUUACCCAGGAAAACAGCUCGAGAUAACCCUUCGUCGUGUGUGCCAAAGUCCCCUCCUCUUUCAUCGCAAAAUUCCAGAGUUGUAAUUAUUAUUCCUAUUUUUAAAUCGACAGCCUUUUAUCAUGCCUGAUCUGUGUUAGGGAAGUAGCAGUGGGGGUGGGACUAGGGAAGGGGUUUAGGGAAUGGGGUUUGUUUGCUUGAACACGUUUACCUUUUCACAGUAUUGAUUCUGUUUUGUUUUUUUGUAAAUCACGUCGUACCAUAAUCUGCCUCAUUUUCCACAUCGUUUCAAAUUAAGUAGUCUUCGGAAAAAGGGUGUUUUCUCUCUGUUGCUCCAAUGUCUUAUUUUUGUUUGACAUAGUCAGACCUCAGUGGCAAAAUGUGGAUUUAUUAUGAUCUAAUAAUAGGUUUAUUGAUCUUGCUCUGCUCCUCACUGUCAAAAGUGCAAUUUCCAGGAAGUAGAAAUCAGGAAAAAUGCAGCCCCGCCUACAGUCAGGUUUUUAGUUGUGUGCCAAAAUUGGUAAAGCUCACUACCUUAUAAACCUCUCCUCAGGGCUCACCUGAGCUUUGGAAUGAUCACACGCUGCAGGUGAUUUCUGAUGUAGACGGAAUCAUGCAGUCAUAUUUCCCAUCACUGGUGCUGUGAUAAUAUAUAUAUAUAGGCUACAACUUGUGGAUCAUAGCUAUUACUUCUGUCUGCCUGUCAGCCAAACAUGCAUGAACAAAACCCGCCAUCUCUCGAGCCAGACAAAGAGGGGUCGAGUCACAUUUCAAAAAUCAAGUUCUUAAAGAGUGACCUACCUGUGCAAUAAACUAAUUACAGGGAUUUUUUGACCUGGUGAAACCCACGGUUUUGUGGUCUCCGGGUUUUUGCAGAAAUUGAGCAAGCCCGCAAAACGGCAGCCCUCAACGCGCGAGCAGUCCCUCCGCAAAGCCGGGCCUUUUGAAAUGUGGCUCGUCGCGCACAAAUGUGGUUUCUAACACGCAAUGGGACGGUAGGUAGGGUCCCUCUUUCAGUUUGCAGGGUGUGUUUUUUUUUUUUUUUUUUUUUUUUGGUCCAGGGAAGCACAGUCACAAGGCAGCACAGUGCAGCAUAUUUUCACUCAAGGGUUUGUAUCUCUGAAGUAUGGGAUCACUUCUGCUUCUGUGGGGAUCACUGGUGCUUUUGCCUCCCCCCCCCCCAAACUCAAGAAGUGUACGCUGGAGCCGUAACCGAUCAAUUGAGGCUGGGCUCGAUUGUGCUAGUACUCCCAGUCAACUGCGUGUUGACUGACAGGCCUAAUGCCGUCACCAUGGCAAUCAGGAUUUUCACUCUAAUGCUGAUGGGGAAUGCAAUAGUUCAAGACGAAUGCUCAUGAAUCCCACCCCCCCCAGAUUUAGUGCCAAUAUAUUUUCAGUGUCAACCUCAUUUCAGUACGAUUCUGUUUCUGUGAACAUAAAAAAAAAAACAAUUUUUUUAUAGUUAUAUAUUUCCAAGGCUUGUGGUACGGUUAGGAUGUGCACAGGCACAGACAAACAUCCAUGCUUUCGAAAGAUUUGAGUAGUCUCGUUCCGAUAGCCUGAAGAUAGAUAUAGUAUGAAUGUGAUUUUUAUAGAUGAAUUUUAAAGCAAAGUAAUUAUUAGUUUUGACAUUUACCAAGUGAUUAAGCUUUGUUAAACUGAUGUUGUAAUUCAGGGGUGCACAACUCCAGUCCUGGAGGCCUAGUCCGUGCGUGGGUUUUUGUUCCAACCAGUUACCUUAGUUUUGGAUUUCUGACAGCUCUAUAAACUAUGCUGGUUCAUUUGUGUAUUUGAGUGCAGUAAAAUCUUUAGGAUACUCUUCCAGUCUGCGGCUGUAGCUGGUGCUUAUACAAAUACCAGCACCAAUUAAAGAUGCGAUCGAGCUAGUGAAAUAACUGGGUGUGGAAGUUGGCACGAAAUCCUGAAACGGAUCGGCCAUUGUUGCGCACCCCUGAUCUAAACCUAUUUAUGAUGAUUAGAAAUCAUUUUCUGGCCACAGUUCUGGAGGGCUUUACUUCUUCACAUGUAUAAAAUCUUAUGUAAAUGUGCUGCUCAAAGGGGAACUUCAUCCUAAUGCGAUGUUAUAGUAUUUUGUACAGGAUGUCCUCCAAUGUUGGAAGGGGCGAAAAAAGGGAACGUAUUCAAAGUUGCGUUUUGCCUAGAAAUCGUAUGUUCCGCUGGCCUGCGUUGUGGUCAACCUUCUUUGUCUCGUGACUACAUCACCCACAAUUCCUUGCACUCUUUUUAGUUUUGUUGGGCCCAGAUAAAGCCUCAGUGGGUGACCGGUUAACAGAGGAUACAAUUUAAGUUGAAAUGGUAAAUGGACUGCAUUUAUAUAGCUCUUUUAUCCAAAGCGCUUUACAAUUGAUGCCUCUCAUUCGCCAGAGCAGUUAGGGGUUAGGUGUCUUGCUCAAGGACACUUCGACACUCCCAGGGCGGGGUUGAGAGAGUUGAGAAAAUGCACGCUCCAGUUUAUACCUGGUGCUGGACGAAAAGACACGGAAAGAUUAGAAUUAUAAUAUCUGCGCACUCUGUAAGCUCUCACAACAUGUUUUAAUUGGGGGGGGGGGGGAAGUCUACGUUUCAACUGAAUGCCAUACCAGUUUUUCACCAAAAAAGGAUACAGUAGCAUUCAUAAAUGAGUCUCUUUAAAAACAGAAAUGGGACUAAACUAAACAGGAUGUAGCAGGUUUGUCCACAGACAAAUGUGAUUAUGUGCAGCUGUCACGCUGGCCAAAUUCAGACUUCAUUUUUUUUUUUUUGCAAUAAGCUAUUCCUUGCAGAUCAGUUAAAUAUAUAUAUAUAUAUAUAUAUAUAUAUAUAUUUUUUUUUUUUAAACUUGUUUUAGGCUUAUGUUCCCCUUUAAUGCAAGAUGACAUGUAAAUAGCAUGUGUUAUUUAAAUCGAUAUUCUCAAAUGCAGCAUAACUCACGGUGUUGCUUGACUUGUGGAAGUGUGGCUCGGUUUUCAGAAGCUGCUGGUCAUUAUUUUUUUAAAAGCACUGUCAAAAAGAACUUUGCACAAAAAGGUUUAACCUCUGGAUUUGUAUACAAGCACAAUAUUUCUUGUUUUUUUCAGAGGGAAAAGACAUGACUAACUCUCGAGUCGCAUUUUGGAAGUAACCCUCCGCCCCCACCCCCAACAUAGAGCAAAUCUAAAGCCUCUGGUGCUUAUUACAGUAUAUUGAACAUAACAAAUAUUAUAUUAGAUUUGUGUGAAGCAUAUGAUAUGAAUAGAUGUGGUUGAGACAUUGUUAACUUGGCAGCACAUUCAUGUGUUGAAGAGAUGAUGUGAUUUUAGGCUAUUAACAGUAGAUGGGGUUAUUAUACUUUUACCUCCACGUACGUACAUGUAGAUAUGUUCUUAUUGUUACAUGCUGGAUGGCGUUUCAGUAUGGGGGGGGGCAAACCGAUUCAAGACCAUCUCAGUUUAACAAGCCCAAGAUCACAGUAUCAACAGCACAGAACAAAAAAAAAAGAAAUCUCAACUUCAAGUAUUCAGUAAAAAACGCAUGGCUGUUGUUUCUGUGGUGAACUGCACUGCCCAUUUAUGGCCCAAAGGCUCUUGGGUAAUAAUCAGGGUCUGUAUGAAUGCAUAUAGAUUCCAGAUAUAUACUAUGAAAAAGUGGAAAGGUUUAUAUUAAUUGAGGUGAAAUGGUGAUUCACACAAAAUUGUGCAAUAAAAUGACAUGUUCUGAGUACUAUGUUUUUAGGUUAUUUUUUUGUUUGUUUUUUUAAAAAUCGGUACGUUGUGUCCUGUAGAUCGAUUGGAUGAAACAAAAAUAAAAGUGUAUUCUGUAUUAAGGA